AUGGUUGCGCACAAACCUGCUCCGGCUCUUGCGAUGGAAAGAUCGGUUAAAAUACACGCGGCGAAGGAGCAGCAAAUACUUCGUUUUGAUGCUUGGCCAAUUUCUGGGCAAUCGCCCGCAAGACGGGGAACUCGUUUAAAACGCGGAGUCGAUGGAAAUGCUCUGCCUCCACUGAAUGCAACUAAAUGGCGGUUCCGCAAGAUAUCUGCAUUUCAAAUUCAAAACCCGCGGAUCGUGAAAACGCGUCCCCAAUUCAAGGGCGCGUUGGUGGUGAGAGUAGGAGGCACGCAGAUGAGUGGGGUAGACCUCAUGGCUGAUUAUUCCCUACAGCCUACAAGUUUGAGGAACAUCGAGCUGUUGGAUCCCACACUAUAG